AUGACAAUGCCAGUGGUCAAAGUGGAGAAAGACUCUCCAGCAGACACUUUAUCUGUCUCCAACCCUCCGCCACAGACAGAGGAGCAGCCCAGAGGUCGGAGGAGGAAGAGACCUCUCCAGCGGGGGAAACCCCCUUACAGCUAUAUUGCACUCAUUUCCAUGGCCAUAGCAAACUCCCCUGACCGCAAGCUGACAUUGGGGGGCAUCUACAAAUUCAUCACAGAGCGUUUCCCCUUCUACAGAGACAAUUCAAAGAAAUGGCAGAACUCCAUCCGCCAUAACCUGACUCUCAAUGACUGUUUUAUCAAGAUCCCUCGAGAGCCAGGGCGGCCAGGAAAGGGCAACUAUUGGGCUUUAGACCCAAACGCAGAGGACAUGUUCGAGAGUGGAAGCUUCCUGAGGCGGAGGAAGAGGUUUAAGCGCUGUGACUUGAACACCUACACCUCAUACAUGCAUGAGACGCCAGUUUUCUCUCCUGUCCAGAUUGCCAGGUCAGCUGCAUAUACCAACUCAGUCUACCCCAACAUGACAGUCAGUGCAACCUAUGGGCAGCAGCUGCCGUCCACCUACUACCCCUCUUCAUCCCCUCCUGGUUUCGGGCCAGGCCAGACCCGUAUGUUCAGCAUCAGCAACCUCAUGGGACACCCACCGUCAGCCAGCAUGCUGGGAGGUCAAGGGCCAGAGGUGAUGCAGCAGCCCAGCAGGAGCUUCACUCCUGAGGGGCUUCCAAGCGGAUCCAGUCCCUGCAACCUGGGAGCUCCAGCUUUCCAGAGCCAACCGUGCGGAGGAGCCGUGCCAUCCCGCUCCUCUACACAUCCCGGGUUCACCUACUCUGGGCCCAACGGGCACCCACACCACCAUGCACACCCGGGCUCAUAUGGACACAGCCACACCCAGGGGUAUGCAGCGACAGGACGCCUCCAUGCCUCACCCCACGGGCCUGCGGAGUCUGUGGACCAUUAUGGCAGGAUCUCCCCAGUGCAGCUGGGUUCUUUCUCCCAGUAUAACAGUGUUGCAGGUCCUAUCGGCAACACUGGGGGUUAUCUGAGACACCCCACAUACCCAGGGAAUAUGGACAGGUUUGUGUCUGCAAUCUGA